AUGGAUCCAUUGAAGCUGCUUUCAACUGGAAUUGAAAGCGAAAAUAAUUCGGUUGAUUGGACGGUUGGAGAGGCCCUUGCUUUUGGAUCACUCCUCCUCGGGGGUAUUCACGUUAGAUUGAGUGGGCAAGAUGUGGAGCGCAGAACCUUCUCGCACAGACAUCACGUGCUUCACGAUCAAAAGAUUGACGAGAAGGUCUACAAUCCGUUGAGCGAUCUUCGUGAAGGACAAGCUGAGUACACUGUGUGCAACUCCUCGCUCUCUGAAUAUGCUAAAAUUGCAUUUGGACCCACUUUCGAGGCUCAGCAGCUCCACGACACAAAUUGGAUCGUUGUUGACUGCACCACCCCAGCAAACAUCUACAAUCUUUUGAGGUGUCAAGUUCUAAUGCCAUUCCGUAUACCGGCUAUUGUGAUGUCACCAAAAUCGUUGCUUCGCCACCCUAUGGCUAGAUCGCUGGUGGAAGAUUUUGCAACAGGGACUCACUUCCAGCGUGUCAUUUCUGAAAGUGGGAGUGCUGCUCACAAUCCAGCUCACGUCCAAAGAAUUGUCUUCUGCACGGGCAAAGUCCACUACGAUUUGGUUAAUGCUCGCAAACACAUUGGAAAGGAAAAUAAUGUGGCCCUGAUUCGUGUCGAAAAAAUCUCUCCUUUCCCAUAUGAUUUGAUUCAAGCUGAGUGCCGCAAAUACCCACAAGCCGAACUAUACUGGGCCCAGGAAGAACACACAAAUAUGGGUGCUUGGGCGUUCAUUCAACUACGGUUCAACUCGCUUCUUGCUAGAGAAGGAAGGGGAAUUAAAUAUGCCGGACGACACCCAUCGGCUUCUCCAGCUACUGGCAACAAAUACACCCACUUGCAAAAGCAGAAAGAACUUUUCGCGCAAGCUUUCAAUGCCACCAAGAAAGAUUUCGAAGGAUUCAAGCCU